AUGGCAAAAUUAAACGUGUCCCGACUCAAGGGACUGCGCCGAAAAUACUUCUACGAUCCUUUCUUCAUCGAAUGCCGUGCGAAUGGCUCCCUCAUUCAACACGGUCUUAACGGCCAGAUUACUGCCGCCUGUUAUGGUUGGAUCGACGUGCCCAUUGCUGCAGAAAACCUCGUGGCUAGAAGAUUUAACAUACACCCGUCUGUAUGGAACAAACCGGUUUCGGCCUCCAACCAGAAAGUCCGAGGCAUCCUGUUUGAGUGGAUUGAUGCCCAGCCGCUCUCGGAAGUCCCAAUCAGCUCAGAUAUUGCAGACCAAGUUCGCACGAAAGCCAAGGCGUUGCAUAGUGUUGGUAUUGUGCACAACAGCCUUGCGGCAUCUAACAUUCUCGUUCAAGCUCAAGAUCCGAACGCGACUGUCCACCUCAUCGAUUUAGGCUCAUCCAUCACACUUCCUCAUAUCCAAUUCUCUCUGCAGAAAUUAAAAGAAAUCCAACAAAAAGAGAUCCAGCUUCUAGAAUUCGGGUUCAAAUUGCUCUCAGAAAACCCCAUCAAUAGAGGUCUUUGCGUUGCCGACAUGUCUACUUUCAGCAAGGCGAUUCUGGAUGAGUGGCUCGCUGAGUCACAGUUCAUAAAACACCUCUGGGCCCCACCACCGCCUACCUGCUGGCAGGGGACAUGA